AUGGCCUUCUUCUCCAUCCACCUGACGCUCUCCCUUCUCUUCUUCUCUAUCCAGGGCAGCAAUCCCCUCUUCUAUGCCGGUGAGGAACACCACCAGAGGAUGGAUUGCGUUUUGGAGCUCCCUCUACUGUCGCUCGAUCUGGCCUCCCCCGCUCAGUUGUCGCCCCGUGCUCCGGAUCUGGCCACAACAGGCCUCACGUCCUCCAGCCGCGCGCAAGGAACCCGCCAAUGGAGGUCGCCGCCUCUCCGUCUCGAUCUGUCCACCGACGGAUCCACGCGCGGAGCAUCUGGAUCCGCCACGCAGACAUGGAUGGGCGCCUUGGAGCUCCCCUCUGCCGUCCCCUGA